GGUCUCCGACAAUUCUUUCUGGGUGUUUCAAUUAAUAAAAAAGUUCAGGUAUACAAAAUUAUCAGAACUUAGGGGAUUAACUGUAAAAAAUUAUAUGGUUUCCUAAAAUACAAAAUAAGGUAACAUCAGUCCAUAAGUUUACUGGAGAAAGAAGAAACUACUCAUACCGAAACAAAAUUGGUAUUUUGAUUAUGACUUAUUUAAAUCUAGCAGCAGAAGCUUUAAACUUUGCAUAUAUGUAUGAUGUAGUGAAUUCUAAUGAAUGAAAAACUCAAUUUCGAAUUUUGUGACGAUAAGUUGUUUUGGAUAUUAGGUGACAUCUGUACAUAUGUAUAUUUUCGUUACGAUAACGGCACUCUGUGCAAUUAAAAUUUGUGGAUCCCUAUAAGCAGCAGAAAAAAAAGUUUUUGCUCAAAUUGGCAAUUGCUUAGUUUUCUAAUGCAGUUGUUUUCAAACAAACAGGUCGCCUUGGUUACAUAAAUAUGUAUGUAUAUACACAUGUAAGUGUGUAGGUUUUUCAUUGUGGGAUUUUUUAUUGGCACUCACAAGUGACUGUCAAACGCUUCUGAAUAAAUAUUUAAUAUGUCCAAUAUAAAAAUGCUUGCAAAAUCCAGUGUGGCGGACAUAUCCUACAACGCAAAUGUUUGGCUACAAGCCGCUAUGCUAAUCAAUGCUUACAUGUCACUAAUUUGGGGAAUAAUUUACGGUUGCUAUAUACUCUAUAAUCUGUCAGAGAUGCAGGACUUCUAUGGACGCGCCGUUAUAUUCGCCUAUAUACUAUCGUUGCUGGCCGAAUUUUAUCGCUUACGCGCGGGCUAUAGAGGCAACUUGGGGGCAGAGAUCAGCGAGCUGAGCAUCUUUCUUGUGACAACACCGUUAAUACAACUACCGCUGCUCGCGUUUCUCUUUCUCGCCGUGCGUGGUGAUUGGACGCUCAUAUAUAUCAUUAUAGAGUUAAUGUUUUGUUUAAUGCUAAUUGAAUUAAUUGCCGGUAUGUGGGCAUGGCAUAUUUUUGCGAAACAUCAAAAUGAUUUGCACAAACUGAAGCGACAAAUUGCGUUGCAAAUGCAAAAUGCCAAACAAGAAAGUGCGAAUGCUGAGGACACGUCAAAUGUGUUAUAAUUUAAAUAAAUAAAUAAUUAUUAAUUACAUGAAAUGUAAGUUAAUAUAAUUUUUAAAUUUUAAUUAAUUAAAUUAAAUUUAAUUUAAUAUAAUUUUUAAAAUUUUUGUAUAAUACAUAUAAAUAUAAAAUUUUAUUGAUUAAGUAAAUAAAAUGACAUAAUAAAGCUUAUAAUCAAUUCAAUUU